UCCUUUUUCACUUCCUCAAUCGCCUGAUCCCUCCCAUGCCGCCAACUAAGGCGCCUGAGUGUAUAAAAUCCUAGGUCGUAGGAUCCCCUAUUUCCCUUCCCUCAAUCCCUAUGACUGUAUAAAAUCCUACGUUGGUUCCCAUCCCUCAAUCCCUAUCUCCCGUUUUUGCUACUAGUUUUUUGUUCAAUUUUGAGGGUUUUCGCACCCACCCAAAGGUUAUUGCUCUAUCUCCCUUCCCUCAAUCCCUAUCUCCCAAAAACUGCGUACGUUUUUUUUGCUGCUAGGCUUUCUGUUCAAUUUUUAGGGUUUUCGCACCCAAAAUUCUCUCUUACCAAUUCUGAAACCCUAGGUUCCUUUCAGCCAUGUAUAAUGGCAUAGGUUUACAAACCCCUAGGGGUUCUGGUACAAAUGGGUAUAUACAGAGCAAUAAGUUUUUUGUGAAGCCAAAGAGCGCUAGGGUUGAGACCAAAGAGUUUAGGAGUGAUCAGGGAACAGGAGGUGUGAAGAAAGCAAACAAGGAAAUUUUAGAUCAUGAUAAGAAACGCCAGAUCCAAUUGAAACUGGUGUUACUUGAGGAAACCUUAGCCGAUCAGGGUUAUACGGAGGAUGAGAUUCUUGACAAGUUACAUGAGGCGAAAAAGAGGUUCGAGGCUGAAGCUGAGGAGGUGGAGGAUGGUGGAAUUAACACUACCAAUAAGGUUUCUUACACACAAACUCAUCAGAUUGCUGCCAAGAAAGAAAGGCAACUUGAGACCUUUAGAGCUGCUCUGGGGAUCACUAAAGCAGAAGAAACAACUGAAAAGGAAGUUCAAGAACAAAUGGAUAAUGAAAAAUUACUUGGAUCUGAAAAUGAGGAUCUUGACAUGCCUGGAGGAAUUGAGAAAUCGAAAAAGGAAGCACUGUCAGAUGAUGAGAAUUUGAAGCCCCGAGAUGGUCGUGAUUCUAAGGCUGAGAAGCAUGCAAGAAGGAAAGGAACUGAUAAUGAUGAUUCUAAUGCUGAUGAUGACAAGAGAGAAACUCAUAUGAUGGAGAAACGUGGGAAGAGAAGGCUUGAUUCAGAAGAUGACUCUGACUCUGAUCAUGGCAAGAAACAUAUCAAAAGACUUGUUGAAAAAGAUAGGAGAGUAGGAAGAAAGUAUGGCAUCAGCGAUGAGCUCAAUGAUAGUGGCAGCCUAAAGAAUACUAAGAAGGGAAUGGAGAAACAUGGGAAAAGACAGAGAAAGUAUGAUACAGAGAGUGAUAGUGAGUCUGAUUACUCCAGUGAUAGGAGAAACCCUAAAAAGCGAAGUGAGAAACACAGUAAGAGCAAGAGAAGGCAUGAUGCCGAUGAAUCCAACAGUGAUAGUGGAAAGGACUUCCCAAAAAGAUCUUUUGCCAAGCAUGAAAAAGGCGGCAGGAGGAAUGACACUGAUGAUGAAGCUGAUCAUGAUGUUAAGGGAGGAAAUACACGCGAACAAUUAAAGAAAAGAAAUAGGAACAACUUAAAAAGUAAGAGAUCCGAAGACUCUGAUACCGAUGGCUCGAGGAGAAAUUCCAAGAAAAGGAAGGAGAGAGACGGCCGAAUUGCUAGAAGGCCUGAUUCUGAAACUGAUGAGAGUGAUAGUGAUUCAAGUGAUAGUUAUGGUAGUAGUAGCUAUAGUAGCAGUAGCCAUGAAAGGAGUGCUAGAAAGAGGUCCAUAGAUGAUAGGAGGAAAAGGGACGUGAAAGUGAAAAAAGCCAGCAAAAAAGAGAGUGAUAGCAGUGGUUAUGGCAGUAGCAGCCCCGAGAGGCCCACGAGAAAGAGGUCCAGAUAUGAUAAGAGUGAGAGAGAAGAGAUUGAAGAGGCCAGUUCCAAGGGUCGCACACAGGAAAAAGCAGUGAUGCCUGUGAGAGAUGAGCCUGUAAAAGAACAUGGAUAUGAUAGAGAUGCAGGCUAUGGGGUCAGUGAGAAGAUGGGCAGGAAAAGGAAGGCCGAAGGGGAACAAAGUAAUCUACCAGAAUCGAAACAUCGUCACGUUAGCAGAAAAAGUGAGCUUGAAAAAGUAGCUCACGACCUGGCUAGAGAGAGAGAUUGGAGAGAUGUGGAACGAAGGGACCGAAUGGAGAACAGAGACACUGGUAACCGGGGUGAUGAACGUAGGAGAGAGAACAGGGGUGAUGGCGCUAUCUGGAAGGAGAGAGAGCUCGAUAAUAAGGGUGAUGACCGGAGUAGAGAGAACAGAAGUGCCAACCGAGAGGAGAGACAAUUCAAGUGGAGGAGAGGGAACAUAGUUGAUGCUAUCCGGGAGGAUAGAGAAUUCGAGAACAGGGUUGUUGCCCAGAGGAGAGAGAACAGGGGUGGUGCUAACCGUGAGGAGAGAGAUUUUGAUGAUAACAGUAGAAAUGACUCAAGGAGGGAAGAGCAUGAUCAUAGGAAAGCAGGAGAAAAGCGGGCUUUUCAAGAUCGUCAUGAGAGAGAAGAGGAACGUGGAGGCUCAAAGCAUGGAAGAGACUUGGAAAGGCAUUCAAAGAGGGGCAGGCACGAUGAGUAUGAACAGAAGAGAAGUAGGCCAGAGAGGUCCACCAGAGGAGACUGGUGAAGAGGUAUAUACAUUCUGGAUCGGCGAAAGGGCUUGAUUUGAAUGGCCUUUGAUUCUCCCAUGGCAAGCAGGACUGUUGAGACGAGUGGUUCUCCAAGUCUCGCCAUUUCAGAGUUGGGAGCAUCACCUGGUUUUCUGAGUUUGUUGUGUUUGGUAAGUUGGUUUGAAACCAAACCUAGUUGAGAUAGGGAGUCAUGAUACUAGACCCUGUAAAUUUGUAGCAUUUUGGCACUCAGGCCGCCGUACUUCUAUGGUUUCUUGUUAUUAUGGUUAAUGCCAGCUGCUGAACUUCGUUUUCUUUAUUUA